ACAAAUCGUGACAAUCCUCCUCAAAGAAAACACAAGAAAACAAACUCAAGACACCAACAACAAACCCAAGCGGCAGCAACUAUCAGGAAAAGUGAGAGGACAGCAAUGGCGGAUUAUCCUGCAUAUGCGAUACUGUACGGCCCAAGAGCCCUUCUAAGCUUCGUUGGGAUUGCGACGAUUAUAAAGGGGGUGUUCAAGUCUGAACAUACCUUUGAUGAACUUGGGGUGAAAGCAUUCGAGAAUGCCAAUGCUGCUGGUCUGGAACCAGUUGCCUAUUUCGAUGAUGUUUCAGACAUCAACAAGGAGGAACUCGAUGCUGCUUGUCCCGUUUCAUGGCCUGUUUUUGUGGGCUGGGCGCUAUUGGGCGUGGCCAGUCUCAUUCCUCAUCAAAUGGGGAUGAAUUUUCAAGAAUUUGAGAUGACUGUACCAGGACUUACUGGAUUUGUCUGUUGCAUUACCAUUGGGUUCAUUCUGGUCUGGCCUGUCCGAGAAUCCUACAACGAGCGUCAGUUCAGAUUCAUGGUGCAAAACUAUCAAAUGGCCUCGGCCUUUGCGGUAGUUCUACUAGGUUCCAUCGUUGUCUCAAAUUUGCAAGGACCUGUUUGGAUGGCACCUUUGGGAGCUCUGUGCAUCGCCUCAGCCAUGUACCGUUUCUGGAAGAAUCGAAAGAUGGGAGAAUCCUGGAUGCGAAAUGGCAGACCCAACUGGAGCCAUGUUGUCUGCAACGGAGGAGGAAACUUGUUUAUGUUGGGCUGGUUCCUGUUUUGGUUGGGUUUCUCUGGGAUCGAUGGCCAUGAUGAGUGGACGUACUUUCAUGUUCACACACCGCUCUACAUGAACGUGCGGGCCAUCCUUGCUGCUUUGGGAUGCUUUAUCAUUGUGGCAUUGACGGUUGUGGUGGAACACAUGACAGAUGAACACGAUGAUGUUCUCGAGGCCCCUGUGGGUCGUCAUUGUGGUCGUUUCACGGAACUCUUUCUUUCUAUUGGGUUCAUGGUUGGUUUUGGUCUCUACGGUGCCGCAAGUUACUUCCCGUCAGAGUCAAACAUGAGAAUCAUUUGGAAUACUAUGUUGACUGUUGUUCUGAUCAUGCAGGGGCGAGCCUACGGUCUUUUGUAUCAAAAGGCUAUCCCUAACCACGAUGCCAACCGGUGGUCACGCCUUGGACGGAUCAUCUUGUGCGCAUUUGGCUUCUUGGUGCUGUUUCAAUUCUUCACCAGGUGGGCUUCUAUGGGUAUCACCAUGGUGGGAAUCGUGCUGGUGCUCUUGGGCCAUAGACAUAUCAUGGAUGAUAGAAAGAGAGGAAAGCUCUUUUUGGAUACUGGAAAACCAAAUCCAGCGCCUAUUGUGUACUCUUUUGGUCCAAUCUUGUACACUUUGGGAUGGAUUCUGCUCGCUCUGGCCAUGUCCAUUCCUCAGCAAGUCUGGUAGUGACUUGAGCGUGUUUGUUCCUUUUUUGUCGAAGGUGACGGGCAGGGGACCACGAGCUUGGCAUCCUUGCUGCAAUAAACCAUGCAGUAUUACUCAUAUUCAUUCAUAGCACAACAAUUAUAUUGAUC